CUUACACAAAAUUCAUAAAUAAGCCUACGAUAAUAUCAGAUUCAUAUGGACAUGGGAUCGAGGGUGAAAAUUUUACUUUGAUCUGUCAAGUCAACAUUGCACAUGAUGUCCGAUACACCACGGAAUGGGAGACACCAAAAGGAAUUGAUAAGGACCGCAAGAUUGUUUCUAGUUCAAUACUUGAUCUGAAAUUGUAUCGAGGAAGGUCAAAUCUUACGAUUACAAAUGCUAAAAAAUCAGACUCGGGCAUUUACAGAUGCAAGGUAACGGAUCACGGAAAGAAUUCAGCACAGAACACAUUUACAAUGACAAUUUUGCAAAAAGGCGAAAGCUAUAUUAACAUAAGCGAACCGAAUAAUUACUACACAAUAACAAGCAGCGCUAACCAAACAAUACAAAUGAAUGUCAAAUAUCGUGGUUAUCCUUGGCCAAGUUUAAGGUGGGCUAAACCCGAUGGCACUGAAAUUAGCAAUACCCACAAAUAUGAAAUAACAACAACAGACUCGUCAAUCACACUUAAGAUCAUGAAAACAGAGUUACUCGAUAGCGGAAUUUACACAUUGAACGCGUCCAACGGCGUCAUCACUAAGCAAUUACAAUUUAGAGUUAACAUCAAGGAUUCACCUAUCGUCAAUGUAGAUGAUAUAUAUGUUAGAGCCGGUGAAUUAGCAAGCUUGACGUGUAAAGUCACCUCAUUCCCAGCUGCUAAUGUUUCAUGGACAUUUACACCUUGUAAAAUAACACCACGUUGGCCAUCCUGUGACAGGCGUUACAAUCAAAAAUUGAAAUCGGAACCAGCACGCUUCGGUAAUGCAACAAUUGAAUAUUUUUAUGAUGUACACUUCAUACCUACACAACCUGGCAUCAUACAUUGCGAAGCCAAUAACUCGAUUGUUAAUGCUGCGAGUGCACAUGUUUUGAUAGGUGAUAUUAAUGAGAAUAUAACAAUUUAUGGCAUUGAUGAGGACACUAAAAUUGCCCGUGAUGAUGAUAUAACAUUAACCUGUGCAUCUUUAGCUUAUUACUUCAAAGAUAUAAGUUGGUAUAAGGACGGUGAACUAAUAACAACAAGCAAUGAUAGUGAUAUCGAAGUUGAAACAUCGGCUACAGAAUAUUCGUAUAAAAAAGUGCUUCAUUUUAAAACUCAAGACAAACAUAGUGGUACUUAUGAAUGUCGCGCUGCUUACUCUAACAGUCCCGCUAUCGAAAGCAGAACAAUCAACAUUUUUGUGCAUGAACCUAACGCACCUAAACUUAUAUAUACAAAUAUGAUACCCGAUACAAAAUUAUCAAAGAAACUGUAUCAAUCGUUGGAACUGAUUUGCGAGUCCGAAGCAUUACCGCUUGCCAGUGUCUAUUGGUACAAAGACGGUAUAAUGCUUAACAGUGAGAAUGGCACCAAUAGUACCAAUACCUACAGCAUACCGAUACUGAAGCCCGACGACAAGGGUCUUUACACAUGUGUUGUAUCAAAUCGUGUGGGUCAAGUCGAAGCAAGUGUUAUGGUGGAAAUCACAGAUUUGCCUGUACUCCAAACAGGCUGGAUAGCUCUCAUUUCACUCCUUGUGAUAAUGUUAAUAGCAGUUUGCAUUUAUCUUGGCAUCAGGAUUCUUCGUGAGCGCAAACUUUUGCGUGAACUUAAAGCUGCUGGUUUAGCCAACUUCGAAGAAGGUGCCGUAGCACAAAUUAAUCCUGCUUUAUCACUUGAUGAACAAGCCGAUCUAUUGCCAUAUGAUCGGGGAUUCGAAUUCCCACGUGACAAACUAAAGCUGGGUAAACAGCUUGGAGCAGGGGCUUUCGGUGUUGUACUAAAAGCACAUGCAGAAGGCAUAAAACCGGAUGAAAAGGAGACUGUUGUUGCUGUAAAAAUGGUUAAGCGUACAGCUGAUAAUGAAGUCGUAAAAGCUUUAGUGUCCGAGUUAAAAAUUAUGGUACAUUUAGGUCAACAUUUGAAUGUUGUUAAUUUAUUGGGCGCCUGUACCAAAAAUAUUGCCAAACGUGAACUCAUGGUUAUUGUUGAAUAUUGUCGCUUUGGCAAUCUACAGAAUCUGCUUUUGAGAAAUAGGAAGAGUUUUAUAAAUCAAAUUAAUCCGCUGACACAAAAAAUUGAUCCAACAAUUACUCAACGAUUUUCCGACAAUUUAGACUAUGCACAUGGUGGCGUAAAAUAUGUUAACCUUAAUUUUUCCAAUCAUCAAUACAUUAAUCAUAUGAACAACAAUUACGCUAUGAAUAAUCACAGAAAUACCGAUAAUGAUCCGCGUUCUGGUACACGCGCUGGACGUCCAAAUUCAAGUGGUUAUAUGAGGCGCUCAGAUUUAUAUGAGGGACAUGUCGACAGUUGUGCAACAGAACAAACUGUAAUGACAACAAUACCAGAUGAUGAAAAUGUAUUAUCAAAUAAUUCUGUUCAACCUGGUUGGCGUUCGAAUUAUAAACCCGAUUCAACGGAAUCUAUGACAUUCACAACAUCUGAUUUAUGUUCAUGGGCUUUCCAGAUCGCACGAGGUAUGGAUUACUUGUGCUCGAAAAAAGUUCUACAUGGAGAUUUGGCUGCACGAAAUAUACUACUCAGUGACGAUAAUGUCGUUAAGAUUUGCGAUUUUGGUUUAGCUCGUUCAAUGUAUAGAAAUGAUAAUUAUAAAAAACAGGGCGAGGCACCAUUACCAUUAAAAUGGCUGGCACUUGAGUCACUUACUGAUCACAUUUUUAAUAAAUAUACAGAUGUUUGGUCAUAUGGUAUCGUGUUGUGGGAAUUAUUUUCAUUGGCAAAGGUUCCAUAUCCUGGUAUGCAUCCAAAUCAAUCGUUAUAUGUAAAGCUAAGAGAUGGGUAUCGUAUGGAAAAGCCACCAUUUGCAAAUGAUGCGAUUUAUGAAAUUAUGCUUGAGUGCUGGAGCACAAAUCCGGAAUCGCGACCACUAUUUAAUGUACUAGAAAAACGUUUCGGACGUAUGCUUGGUGAUGAAGUGACAAAUCAUUACGUUGAUCUCAAUGAGGAAUACUUACGUUUUAAUACAGAAUAUAUGAAACGUAAUCCAACAGACUACUUGGCUCUUAUGGGCUCUCCCGACGAGAUGGCACCACCGCCACCAAGAUAUGUUAAUGGACAUAUAUUACCUGAAAUACGUAUUGACUCAUCUGAUGAUUAUUUACAAAUGAGCACCAAUUCCGGCACAGCCAUCUUCUCACCAACACGUCCGAAAGAUUAUGAAAAUAGUGGCAAUGAAAAUGAUCCAAAUAAUACGAUAUCAACUACUUCUUUCACAUUCCCAGAUGCAGCAGUACAACAGCAUUCUCCAACAUUAGCCAAUAAUAUGGAUAAUCCAAUUAAUAAGAAUCGCAAGAAAGAAGGUGUUACACCAGAAGAAAUACCUAUGCUACAAAACGCAAAUCAUAACUCAGAUGGCGAACAUAGUCCAGAACAAUUACGUAAAUUUUCAAAUGUACCCACACCAUCGCCCCGACAUAACAUCGUCGAGACACAAUUAAAUGGUGAUGAUAAUUACGUAAAUGUUAAAUCACCAAAAGCAGCAUUAUAUAAUAAUGGAGCGCGAACGCCAGAUGCUUUCUCAAACCCAAGCUAUCAGGUACUGAAGACUGGCAACGAUGGCAACAAGAAGUAGAUUUGUAAAUAAGAAAUUGGGUGGGACUUUAAAUUAAACAAAACGGGGAAAUUUUAGUAGUAUCACUUGAGAUAGUUUUAUGUAUGAGGUUAGUUUAAGACUUAGUUUAUGAAAAUUGGCCAAUCUCGGAAAUGUAUAUAACAAAUACAAAUAUCUAAGUUGUAAAAGUGUCUAUAUUAAAUUAUCAUAUAUGUGUUUUAAUCUAAGCAAAGCAUUACUUUAGUUAAAAGUCGUAGAUUAUCAAAACUUCUGUUAUAUUUACUUUUAAAUAGACUUAUAAUCAUUUAAAUAGCUAUAGAU